AAAAAAGUUUGAUAAUCUUUCAGUUGUGUCAGUGUCACCCUCGAAAGGGCUUGCCAGUGUUUCUGUUUCUCUUGAUCAUUCUAGAGUACUGGAUGGAUAGCAUAGAAUCCCAACCGUUCUUCACUAUUAUUAACGGAGUAUAAAACACUGCUGCACCAGAAUCUGCUCCUCAUUUCUGCAAAACUCAAACUCCGCCUUUUCCUAUGGCAACACUCUAUAAACUCCCAUCCUUCGUUUCAAUCUCCUACCACAAGCCCUUCUUGUACCAUAAACAACAACAACUACAACAACGAGAAAUAAAUCUCGCAACUUGUGCUUGUUCAAUCAAGAAACCCAGGGGUAGUCGGAAGGUAAAGAACAAUGUGGAGCUUUGCAAUGAUUUGCGUGAAUUUCUAUCAACUUUUGGACUGCCAGAGGGUCAUGUACCUUCAAUCAAGGAGCUUCAAGAUCAUGGAAGGAAUGACCUGGCAAACGUUGUAAGACGGAGAGGAUAUAAACUUAUUAGAGAUCUUCUUUCAAGUUCAACUGAAUCAGACAGUGAUGAGCUGCCUAAUAUGGAGAAAAAUUUAGCUAAAGGACAGGAUACAAUCAAUCAUAGUGCAGAUAUUAUAGCAACAGAAGGUCAGGAUGAGAAGGUGAAGGAUUGUUCCUUGUCAACUGAAGGUACCAUCACCAAGAACCAUUCUGGAAAUAUAGAUGUUGAGCUGGAACACAAAUCUGGUGGACAGAUUUGCAUGCCUAUAGAGUCGGCAGUCGAUUUGUCAUUGGAGAAGAAGGCCUUGUAUGAUGUAGAGCAGCCAGAUGAAAAGUUUCAAAUCAUAGUCAAAGACAGAUUGUUGUCGUCAUCCUUGAGUACUUUUGAACAGCAAGAUGAGGAAGUUAAAUGUAUGGUUGAAGAUAAUUCCAUGUCAACUUCAUUAUAUGACGUGGAACAGCAAGGUGAAGAAGACUUAAGCAUGGUCAAACAAUUUUCCUUGUCAGCGGAAGUUUCCAUUGCUGACAGCAAUCUUGGUGUCUUGAAUGUGUAUCCAGAUCUCAACUCCAAUGAAGAUACUUCCAUGCAUGUAGAAACUUCAGCUAAUUUUUCCUUUGAGGAAAAAGUCAAAUAUGAUUCAGUUCAGGAUGAGAAGGUCGGCAUUGGAGCAGAAGAAAUGUCAUUGUCGAGUGGGGUUUCAGACACACAAUAUUAUGCCAAUGUGACAAAUAUUUCGGGUCUCAUUGAUAACAAUAAUAGUUGUAUGCCAGCCAAUUCAUCAUUGGUGGAAAAGGUGGCAAAGUUCAUUCAGAAUGGAGAUUUGGACACCAUUGAAGAUAAUGUCUAUGGCUUGUCAAAUGGGAGUGGUAGUGGAGAAAGCAAGGGAUUUAGGGAACCAGAAAACAUGACUGAAGAUCAUUCAAAGAUCUCAUCUGAAGAGAACUUUGAAAAUGCAGUUGGUGAAAGUGAUACUGCUUCAACAUUAAAUGAAAAUUUAUCGACAUCCAUGCAAGUUGUGCCUUCUGUGACAGUAAGCCGCACCCUCAGGAAUGAAUCGCCAGCUGAAGGUCUUGCUGGUGCUGAUGUUGAUCAGGAUUUGGAUAUAGAGACAAACAAAAAGGACAAUCAGAUUGAGAUUAAUCACCUCAAAUUCAUACUGCAUCAGAAAGAGUUGGAAUUAUCCCAGUUGAAGGAACAGAUUGAGAAGGAAAAGCUUGCUUUAUCUGCUUUGCAAACCAAGGCUGAGAGAGAAAUCAGCAAAGCGCAAAAACUUAUCUCAGAAAAAGAUGCUGAAUUACUUGUUGCUGAAGAAAGCCUUUCAGGACUAGUGGAGGUUGAGGUCGCAUAUUGUGGGAAUGGUGAAAUGGUGGAGGUGGCAGGUAGCUUCAAUGGUUGGCAUCACCCAGUUAGACUGGAUCCUCAGCCAUCCUCUAGCAUCAAAGAUCAUUUUGGAUCAAGGAAAUCCAGACUCUGGUCAGCAAUGCUGUGGCUUUAUCCUGGGGUAUAUGAGAUAAAAUUCAUUGUUGAUGGCCAUUGGAGGGUUGAUCCUCAGAUGGAAUCGGUUACCAAGGGUGGAAUUUGUAACAAUGUUCUCCGAGUCAACAGAUGAUAUUGUAUUUGGGCAUUCUGGGUGGAAGGAUACUCUAGCAAUCUUUCUCUGCUUGAGACAUGACAUGAUAGCUUGGGUGGUUGAAAUAUCCGUUUAGAUGGUGAGCAUUUGAGCUGCGAAGAAAGGGUCUUAGCUUCUGUGCAGUAUUUAUAAUUCCAUGUUCAUCAAGAUAAAGCCAAAAUCCAUUGCUUGCAAGAACCUGGCUAGCAGCAAGAAGAAACCUGAGACUUGCUAUGCUAUGCAUAGGGAUGAAGUCGAAGCGUUGAUGCACUCCUGGGUGCCACAUGCCUGCAGGUUUGUUCUAGCUAGAGGGACAUGGCAAGAUUUGGAGAAGGAAUGGGCUACUGAAUAUGCAUUUGUAAAUUAUUUUAACUUGCGAGAUAUUAGAAACCUCGAGUAGAUCAGAUUUGGAAUGGACGUAUUUCUUUCCAGUC